UUCUAGAAAAGCUGUCGUCUUCAUGAUACUCCGAGCAUUAUUGCUCGUACUUGUUGUCGCGGUUUCUGGGGCCUGUUCACAAGACAUUCAAUUGAGCGAGAGUUUCGGUGGUCCGCACGGCACAGAAUUUUCGGAUGAAGCCUCGGUUGUCGUCGGACAGACCAUAGGGUCAAUUACGAUUCGCGCUGGUGAGCGAGUGGACGGGGUAUCACUGGAAGUGACGGGUCCGAAGGCAGCUACUUUCAGCCACGGCGGCACCGGAGGGUCAGGAAACAAACUAACUCUAGCAGCGGGUGAACGUAUCACGUCGAUGGAAGCGCAUUGGGGCAAGAAAGGUGGCCACACUCGUAUAUUCUACUUGAGUUUCGGUACGAGUGCAGGUAACUCGGUGUCUGGUGGGUCAAUGACGGAUGAUAAGAACUCGGUGACAGCACCAGAAGGUUUCCAGCUUGGAGGCUUUUUCGGGCGUGGCGGUGACGAGAUCGACUCUCUCGGUGCAAUUUGGGCUCGUAUUGAGGCCCCACCACCAGCCACGGAGCCUCCAGCCCCGGCUACAGUAGCUCCACCUAAAGAAGAACCUGCUCCAACUAAAGAGGCUCCACCUGCUGAUUCAUCCGGUAGUGGAGCUCCUCCCGCUGAAUCUACUGCAGCUUCUGGAGCUUCCGCUGAAAGUUCAGAGGAAGAUGCACCUGUACAAGCCACGGAGGUAGAGUCUGAUGCUGGCUCUGAAGCUUCAGCAGCAACAGCGUCGGGCGAUGCCUCAGCGGCAGCGUCAACAGCAGGCUCUGAAGCUCCUCCCGCUGAAUCUACUGCAGCUUCUGGCGGUUCCGCUGAAAGUUCAGAGGAAGAAGCACCAGUAGAAGCCACAGAGAUCGUGUCCGCCUCUGGCUCUGAAGCUUCAACUGAGGCUUCAGCAGCCACAGCAUCUGUAGAAGCCUCAGCGGCAGCGUCUACAGCCGGCUCUGAAGCUCCUCCACCAGGCACAGAAGCCCCUGCACCGCCUGCACCUGCUCCUCCUGCCGCCCCCUCUAUCUCUGUCGAGGACUCUGUUCAACUCAGUGAAAGUUUCGGUGGUCCUCAUGGUACCGAGUUCUCGGAUAAAGCAGCAGCUACUUCAGGACAAACCGUGGCGUCCAUUACCAUUCGUGCUGGCAAGCGUGUGGAUGGAGUCUCUCUCGAGAUCGCAAAGCCCAAAGCUGAGACCUUCUCCCACGGAGGCACUGGAGGUGACCCAAAAACUCUAAAACUGGGCGAAGGCGAGUACAUCACGUCGAUGGAAGCGCAUUGGGGCAAGAAGGGUGGCCACACUCGUAUUUUCUACUUGAGUUUCGGUACUAGUGCAGGUAACUCGGUUGCUGCAGGAACCCAAACGGAAGACAAGAACUCGGUGACUGCUCCUAAAGGUUUCCAGCUCGGCGGAUUCUUCGGACGUGCUGGCGAUGAAAUUGACACCCUGGGUGCAAUUUGGACGAGCAUCGAGUUGGUCACACCAGCUCCAACCGAACCACCGGCACCAGCUCCAGCUCCAGCGGAAGAGAAACCUGGACCUGCCAAACCUACCGAUGCAUCGGGUUCAGGUGGUGGUGGUGGAACCACAAAACGAGCUACAAUUCUAAGUGAGUCUUUCGGCGGACCACACGGCAAUCAGUUCUCGGAUCAACCUUUGGUCAAAUCAGCACAAGCUAUCGGCGCUAUCAUCAUCCGUGCCGGUGAACGUGUAGAUGGAGUCACCCUUGAAGUGACAGCACCGACAGCUGAAACAUUCACCCACGGUGGCUCUGGAGGAACCGAAAACAAGCUGGCACUUGAGAAAGGUGAACACAUCACUUCAAUGGAGGCUCAUUGGGGCAAGAAGAACGGCAGAACCCGAAUUUUCUACCUUAAUUUCGGAACCAGUGCUGGUAACUCGGUGUCGGGUGGAACGAAAACAGAUCUCAAGGGAAGUAUCACUGCACCUGAGGGUUAUCAACUUGGAGGUUUCUUCGGACGUGACGGUGACGAGAUUGACCUGUUGGGUGUGGUAUGGACAAGUAUUGAAGCAGUGGCAGAACCAGCCCCAACCAGCGGAGGUGCAUCUGCAGAUGAAGACAUUGUGCUGAGUCCAGUCCAUGGUGGACCUCACGGUGUAGCAUUUUCGGACGUCAAGGGUAUAGUCCUAGGACAAACACUGAGUUCCGUCACACUGCGAGGUGCGAAACGUGUUGAUGCAGUCACUCUUCAAGUAGCCACCCCCGCAGAGCAAACAUGGACUCACGGUGGGAAAGGUGGGAAGGAAGUCACCCUUGCACUUGGUCCGGGAGAAUAUAUCAACUCAGUGGAGUUUCACUGGGACAAAAAAGAUGGACAUACUCGUGUGUUCUACCUUAGCUUCGGUACCAGUGCGGGGAAUUCCGUCUCAGUAGGAACGAAAACGGCAAACACUGCAACGGAGACUGCUCCAAAGGGGUUCCAGCUGAGUGGACUGCACGGUCGUGCUGAAGAUGAGGUGGAUCAACUCGGUUGUAUCUGGACGAGGAUUGAUGCUAAGCCGGCACUGCUCACUGAUGUAAUGGACACUGCUUGGUUCGGUGACAUUAUCCGUAACUGGGUGGGUCCAACGAUCGGCGUUGCGAAAGACUCAGCUUGUUAUCGGAAGUACAAACCGUUUGACAGUAAAAAGAUGUGUCCGGUUGGCUACGGUAACGAUGACGACGACUGUAUCGCUCAAUGCCCCAUGGCGUACCCUGUUCGCUGUGGUCUGGAGUGUAUUCCACAGAAUGACGACUGUGCACUGGCAAUUCUGUCCAAGAUAUCGGCUGUCGCUGCUGUUGCAUUUAAUGCGGCCACUGCAGGCAUCUUCACAAGUGUCAAGACACUGUACAAGGGAGCAAAGUUGCUCUACAUGUGCGCAGCGAACGUCAUCAACGUUAUCAAGCAACUUAUCUAUUACUUCCGGUAUGUUCAAACGACAGCGCCCCAAGGAGAUACCGAGCACAUGUUGACUGCAUCGUAUCAGUCCAAUAUCGUGCUGGUGGACUUGCCUAUCGCGAUUUACGCUUGUCUCGGCAUGCCCGCUCCCAAAAAAUUGGUGUUUGCUGGUUACGUGGUUACUAUCGUGGAAAAUAUCGUGAAACAGGUAAUUGUCAAUGGAGACGAGAUCAUUUCGUCUGCCAAAAAUGUCGUCGAUCUUCUCAAAAACUCCAGUGCAGUAAACAACUCAGCCAGUAGUGUGACGGAGCUGGAAGAUUUCAUUGCAGCUAACACGUCGUGUGGCUACGAGCUCAAGCAACUGACAGACCGAGUGCUCGUCACAGUCAACGAUAUCCGCAAUAAGACGCCAAAUGCCGCGGUGAAUGAUGUCCGUGUGGCGGUGAGUAAGUCGUCACUGGUAACGAACGACAUUCCCUCGGUUACGAACGAUUGUAUGAAAGAACUGCUAAAAUCUAAGACCAAGCAAGCAGCGUUUGAGACGCGAGAUUUGCUCCGAAAGACGAUGGAAGUGAUCAUCGACCAGCUUGUCGAAACAGCCACGACGGAUAUGGGAAAGAACGUUGCAGAGAACGAGCAGAUGCUGGAGAUCGCCAACUUUGGGCUUGUCGUUCUAGGAGGUUUGGACCCGACUGGUGUCGUCUAUAUGGCAUCCCAAUUCGUACAACCAAUUUGCGGGCCUACGGGUUUUAUCGGCGAAAUUGACGACGGUAAUCUGUAUGAUGCGUUGGGAAUGUGGACCAUGGACGAAGCUUUCGAAGGUAGUUACGGCACGUGGUCGAAGAAAGGUGAUGGCGUUGUUCGUAUUAUUUUCGAGAGUACGGACAAGGAGGACGUGACUGUGGUGAUUCACUCCGGUGGAGAUGACUAUGCUAAGGUGGAUGUGGGAGCUGGUGAUACUGUGACGUGGGAAUCGACUAUUCCGGAGUUGCAGGACAAAACGUUGUAUUUGGACCGUUGGCGUCCUGGUUUGUUUGGUUUGCCUGGCUCCGGGGGUGGAUCGUUGCUGCUGUGGGUUCCACGAGCAGCGGACGGAGGCCAUUUGACGUUACACGCCAGGAUCAACGUCAGCUAGGAAGCUCAAGCAGGGUAUUUGUUAUAAUGUGG